UCAAAUUAAAUAGUAAAUUUCCAGUUCGAGAGGGUGCUAUUUUUACGUUUGCGGGUAUUGACGCUAAAAACAUGGCACGUGAUGUAAAUAAUGCACUUAUCCAGAUAGCGCAAGCAUGUGGUGGUAUGGAUGAAAACAGUGCGAUAGCGUAUGUCAAGGAUUUAAGGAACCGUGGAAGAUAUCAAGAAGAUGUAUGGAGUUAG